GAGGAACUGAACAGAGCCCAGAAGGUACAGGAAGUGAUCUAUGGAGGGUCCCCUAGUCUGUAGAAGCAGGUCUUUUCCCUCCAGACUACAGACCUCCAUUUGAAACGGUCUCAGCCAAGGAGAACCUAGAAUGACAGGUCAAAGGUCACUCCUUUGAGUGGGUCAGCAGGGAGUGUGGGGUGAAGGUGCAACAUCUAGCAAGCCACAAGUUUCCUGUAUUGUGUUGGUGGUGAGUUCCUUGUAAGCGGGCUUUCUCUUUCGUUUUCUGGUUUGGGUAUAUAAGCAGGAGAAGGCAUUUGGUUAUACCUUGGAUGUACAGAUGGUCACUGGCUCCACACAGCUGAGGACUGCCUGUUGAAGAUUCCUGGAUACCUUUGCCUCCUGUAGCCUGGACACCUGUGAGCUGUAAGGAACACCUGUCAAGUCCUCUGCCUGACACCUAGACCUAGCAGCUGUCAUGGGCACCCCAGAGAGAAAAAGCUUCAUUGACACUGAGCCUGAGUACCUCCUGGACACGAGGAGCACAGAGGACCUGCAGCUCCUGAUGACAGAAGAGGAAACCUGGAAGCAGUUUGUGACAGGAGUUGAUUUGUCCAGGGAAGAGGAAGCUGCCUUGCGAGCAGCUCUUGCUGAGAUCUCUGCAGAUCCUGAUAAAGAAGAUAAAGAUGAGCUCCAAAAUGACCUGCAGGACAAGAACGAGAGGAAAGAGGAUGAUGCCUUGAGUGAAGCCCUAGGUGAGACUCUAGCUGAUACUGAUGCAGAAGAUGAAGAUGAGCUCCAAAAUGUCCUGUGGCACAAGGAGAUGCUCUUCAAUGCUUAUCCUCAGGUGAAGCUGGAGCUUGAGGAGCACAUCAGUAAGCUCCACGCUCUGGCAGACAAGGUUGACAAGGUGCACAGGGACUGCACCAUCUCACAGGUGGUGGCCAGCUCCAGCAGCGCUGUGUCCGGAGUCCUGACAAUCCUUGGUCUGGCUCUGGCACCUGUGACAGCAGGAGUCAGUCUGGCACUGUCAGCCACUGGCUUGGGGCUGGGGGCAGCAGCGGCUGUGACAAGUGUUUCCACAAGCAUUGUGGAAAAGGUGAGUUCGGUGUCUGCUGAAGCUGAAGCCAGCAACCUGGUGCCAACCAACAAAGACAUAAUGAAGAACAUGAAAGAUGUUUUGGAUCAGAGUGGCACCAGAAUUCUUUCUUUAACUACAAAUUCCAUCCAGAACAUAAGAGGCAUCCAGAAGAACAUUAAUGCCAUUCAGCUGGCCAAAGCCAACCCUCGCCUAGCAAAUAAUGCCAAACGUCUCAUGACCACAGGGAAGAUAUCUGCCCGAAAUACUAAACAGGUGCAGAAAGCCUUUGGAGGUACUGCUAUGGCCAUGUCCAAAGGAGCCCGGAUCAUGGGUGCAGCCACCGCAGGUUUCUCCCUCCUGCGGGAUGUGGUCAGACUUGUGGAAGACUCGAAGCAUUUGCAUGAGGGUGCUAAGUCAGAGUAUGCUGCAGAGCUGCGGCAGCAAGCUCAGAAGCUGGAGCAGAAGUUGCAGGAGCUCAAACAGUUUCGUGACAUCCUGAUUCAGUGA